CGGACUGACAACUCAUGGGGCCCCCGGGCAAUAGGGGAUCAUGAGGCCCCUGUGUCCUCCUGCAGUACUCAGUGGCUUUUUUGAGUUUGGGCAAGGACACAGGGGCCCCAUGAUCCCCUAUUGCCCGGGGGCUCCAUGAGUUGUCAGUCCGCCCCUGGUAUGGGGAAUGAAGUGCUGAAUAAGAUGGAAUGUGGAGGUAUGUGCCCUGGAAAGAUUGUGGUCUAUGUGAUAUUGUGCCUGGACCUUAUUUGGCUGUUUGAGACCCCUCAU